ACUAUCACUGGAUAAUAGACUAUUCCACCCACUUGCCAUAUCCUUCAUUCUGCCUGUCAUAAACCAGUCCCAAAGCAGGCGGUCCCAAACAGGCCCCUCCUUGCUAAAGAACUCCUGUCUGUCUCUAAGACAUGACAGGUAUGGGGCAGUAAGCCUUCAGGAGUACCUUCCAGAUUCAUACCUGUGAGGCUCGGCAGGUUGUCUCCAGUACCAGCACCAGUAGCAUAGUUGCUGCCUAAACUGUGACCACCACCAGCAGCAUAGCUGUCCAAACUGUGACCAGUACAAGCACCAGUAGUACAGGAAGGACAGACCUCUGCUGUACAGGAUGGGCAGACUUGUGCUGUACGACAUGGGCAAACUUGUGCUGUGCGUCAGUGUGGUCAUGCUGGCCAUGAUCACCACGGUGUCGGGGCAGGCUCGCUCCCCGUGCCCCGCGGGCUGCCGGUGUGACGUCCCGAACCAGAUCGUCGACUGCAGUGGAAAUCAGGAGAUGGCUCUGGUUCCCAGCGCCCAGAUCCCCAUCGGCACCCGCGAGCUGUACCUCAACCGCACCAAGAUAACCAACCUCAUCCGCAACCAGUUUGCCAACCUGGUGGCCAUGUCUGUGCUGGACCUCAGUUAUAACAACCUGUACUUCAUCGACGCCGGCGCGUUCUUUGGCCUGGGCAACCUGGCGGAACUGUCGCUCCAGUUUAACAACCUGACAGCCAUCCCCCCCAUGUUCCUGCCCCGCCUGGCCAAACUCAAGCUCUACAACAACCACCUGGUGAACAUCACGGCCGGGGCGUUCCGCGACCUCAGCGGCCUGACCCACCUGUACCUGUCCUCCAUCCCCACCCUCAGGAUGCUGGACGACCGCGCCUUCCAGGGACUCAACAACCUGGUCCUGCUCUCUAUCAGGAAGAACAACCUGAAGAAGAUUCCAAACCUUCAAGACAUCCCUAAUGUCGCGACCCUCGACCUGUCCGUGAACAACUUUACGACUAUCAAGAACACGACCUUCCGAACCCUCAACAAGCUGAAGGAGCUGAAGCUGGGGAGCUGCAACAUUCGCAGCAUCGAGGCCGGCACCUUCGCGGACAACUACGCCCUGGAGAAACUCGAUCUGACCAACAACAAGUUGGACACGCUCCCUGAGAACCUCUUUUUCCCAUUCGAGCCCUCCCACGCCCUCGAUGAAGGUCUGAACAUUGCAUUAUGGGAGAAUCCGUGGCUGUGUGACUGUAACUUGCAGUGGCUGAAGGACUCAGUGGAUCGUAUUGGGGCGUUUGACCCGGUAACGUACAUCCCGCUGGUCUGUGACGCCCCUCGGCACUUCAACGGUAAAUUCCUGGAAGAGAUCCCCAGGAAUGCUCUGGAGUGUGGUGUGUUCAUCACCAGUGCUGUGGACCAGUCCCAAGUGGUCCGGUUUGGAGGAAGUUUGACCAUCGAUAUUCAGGCUGAAGGGAAGCCCCAGCCGAUCGUGAGGUGGGCGACUCCCACCAACACCAUCAUCACAGCUGGACAAACCGUCAAGGGGAUCAGCGUCAGCAGGACGGGGAAGCUGACGGUCGCCAAGGUGGACGCCUCGCACGGCGGGACCUGGCGAUGCCGUGCUGACAAUGUGAAAGGACAGUACGACAUCGUACCGUUCAAGGUCGUUGUGACGGACAUCCCUACUCGCCCUCCCCCUCCGGUUGUCGUUGUUCCCCCUAAGAAGCCGGCCACCAAAGCGCCACCCAAACGUCCUGCCCCGACCAAACGUCCUGCCGCUAAGCCCCGCCCCACUCCUCCUAAGACCACCGGGGGCAAGGGGACUGGUAAGGGUGAGGGGACAGGAGGCAUCGUCAUCGACCCGGGGAGCAUCAACAUCAAGUGGCAUGACGAGUACGACUACGAUGACUACUACAACCACGAGUACAACCUGGAGGAACUGCUAGGGGGCGUUUUUGGCAUGUUCAUCUUCAUGCUGAUCGUCCUGUUCAUAGUAAUUUGUAUAAUGAAGGUCUCCUUCAGGGCCAGUGCUAGUGUGGCUGUGUGAUAGGAACUUCCUCUGUAUUUCUUCAUGGUGCUUUUGUUUAAACAACAAAUCUAUUCCCAUAAUGUUAACAGUUUAUGUGGGACCUAAGAAUAGGAUCACGUAAUACACAUAAGCUAACAUUUUUAAGUUAGAAGUACAGAAAAAUAUUGUGAUACACUAUUUUUUCUAAGGUUAGGGGAGAAAAAUCUACCACAAAUUCUAAUCUGAAUGACACCAUGUGAGCAGACAUAUAGUUCAUAGCAUAUCUGAACACUGUAAAAGCUCAAUUCAAUGUGUCAGUGAGUCUAACACUAAUGUUACAGCUUACAGUUACAGCUACUAUCACAUGGAUGGCUGUCUGGAUAGACUGAAAACCUAAGUUUUAUCUUGUGUUGAAGAAACAAGUAAAUAGUUAAAUAGUACACAUUUGGAGGACAUUGUGCAUAAAACAACAAUUAGAUUGAAGUAUUCUUCACUGCAUCAAUUAAAUGAUUAGUUUAUUACAAAUGACAGAAAGCUUUGUUAUGAAUAUGUUGUCUAACCAUGGAAGUAGAGUAACGAUCCCAAAGCACAGGAAUUGUAAAAUAAUAGAUAUCUGAGACCAGCUAUCUCGCUGUAAGUGUAACGUAAAUCAGUCAACACUAUCAUUAGCUAGAAGGCAUUAUCUGGACACUAUGCACCAGCUUACUGGCAUUUAGUUAAAACAUAAAAAUGUACAUUCUGUGGUUUGUUAUCAACAGCAGAAAAGUGUGCAAAUGUUCAAGUGCUUAGGGCUGUUUCUGGAGUAACAAAAUAGAUGCGCAAGACUUUUAAGCUGAACCCGUAUAUCUUUAUAUGGUUCUGUUUUAAUCUCUAUGUGUAAAUACUGUGGAUUGUUGGAUUCGUUGAUAAUAAAAUCCAAAUGGAAGGAA